GACUAUGUGGACAGUUUCGCUACAGAGAGCGAGGCUAUCAGCGUAUCUACCCGAGUGAAGGAGAUACACAAGGAUGCUGGAUUCGAAUUAUGCAAGUUUUCAUCCAGCUCACCCACCGUGGAGACGGCUUUAGGACCUGGUCGAGUCAAGAGCGUCGGAUGGGGUGAGGCUGAAGAGAAGAUCCUCGGAAUGCGUUGGCAAGUAGCAACAGAUGACUUCAGAUUUAACGUGGAGUAUCAUCGAGUGCCAAGCAGCGUCCUGAGUGGAGAUCGAGUUCCUACGAAGAGGGAAUAUUUGAGCCUGGUGAUGUCAACGUUCGAUCCCCUGGGAUUCCUGUGUUGCCUCAUGGUUACAGCGAAGCUGCUGCUGCGAGAGAUUUGGAGGCAGAAGAUCCAGUGGGACGAACCACUACCGGAAGAGUUAAGCAAAGCCUUUGCGACUUGGCGCAAAGAGAUGGACACCGUGGGACAGUUCCGAUGUCCGCGCCAUUAUUUUGGGCGUGGAGCAGUCCGGGCCGUAGAGUUGCACGUCUUCGUGGAUGCUAGUCAGGCAGCAUUCGCGGCGGUGGCCUAUUGGAGGGUCACAUAUGAGGACGACGACGUGCAGGUGAGCUUCGUGAGCGCGAAAACGAAGUGUGCCCCAAUGAGAACGAUGACGAUCCCACGGCUGGAGCUACAGGCAGCAGUUCUUGGAACCAGGCUGAUGAACACUGUCAAGGAGGAGCACAGUGUGGUCAUCACGGACCUGGUGUUAUGGACGGACUCUAAGACGGUGCUGAGAUGGAUCGGCAGCACCCACCGCCGGUAUAAGCAGUUUGUUGGCAACCGAGUGGCGGAGAUUUUGGAGUCGUCAAAGGUUUCCCAAUGGAGAUGGGUGCCUACAGCCGACAAUGUGGCUGAUGAUGCGACGCGGUCGCAGAAAGGAGUCGACCUUAGCCAGGAAUCAAGGUGGCUAAGAGGACCUGCAUUUUUGAGGCAGCCAGCAGCCAGCUGGCCGGGCCCUGAGGAAAAAACUGAGCGUGUUCCAGAUGCCCCUGAUGAAGAAGAGAUGCCCAGUGAGUUUGCAUUCGUUGCGGCAGGCGAUUUUGUUAUUCCGUUCCAGAGAUUCUCGAGCUUCAGUCGCCUGGUGAGGACCACAGCCUGGGUCCUACGGUUUGCGCGCUGGUGCCGCAAACAGCGAAACGAGCUCGAGGAAUACGGCCUUACUGCAGCAGAAUGUAAGGCCGCGGAGAACCUGUUGGUCAGACAGGCACAAUUGGAGUCGUUCCCCGACGAGAUGAGGUCGGUGGAAACUGGACAGGACGUCGGUAGAUCGAGCGAUAUUCGAGGGUUGGUGCCCUACCUAGACAAGGACGGGAUUCUGCGAGCUUACGGCAGAAUUGAUGCCGCACUGUGCAUGCCGUACAGUGCGAGGAGGCCCGUAUUACUGUCACACAGGCACAGUCUGACAGAGCUGAUUGUGAGAGACUUCCACGCCAGGAUGAAGCAUCAAAAUGUGGAUGCUACGAUCGCGGAGAUCCGGACAAAGUUCUGGGUCACAAAGAUGAGGCGUGUGAUGCGGAGAGUCAUCUCAUCGUGCAACGAGUGCAAGUUGCAGCGAGCGCGGCCGAUGCCGCCGAUAAUGGGACCCCAUCCGGAAGACAGACUGGAUGCGAGUGGAUGGCCAUUCAAAUACACAGGACUGGACUACUUUGGGCCACUGCUGGUGACUGUGUCCCGUCACAAGGAGAAGCGUUGGGUCGCCUUGUUUACGUGUUUGACGACAAGGGCGAUUCACCUGGAGCUGGCGCAUGACCUGUCGACGGAUUCCUGCAUAAUUGCGAUCAGGAACUUCGUCUGCCGUAGAGGGCCAGUAUAUAGACUGCGCAGCGAUAACGGCAAGAACUUCGUGGGAGCUGACAGGGAAGCCAGGCGCUUUGGUGACGUGUUCGAGAUGGAGAAGCUCCAGAGUGAGUUGUCAAGCAGAAGCAUUGAAUGGGUCUUUAAUUGUCCAGCGAACCCGUCUGAGGGCGGAGUUUGGGAGCGCAUGGUGCAGUGCGUCAAGAGAGUACUGCGUCAUACCCUGAAGGAAGUUGCACCGAGGGACCAUGUAUUGGAGAGUUUACUGAUUGAGGCGGAGAAUAUUGUAAACUCGCGCCCGCUCACUCACUUGCCUGUGGAUGCGGACCAGGAGGCGCCGUUGACGCCAAACGAUUUACUCAAGGGAGUAGCCAAUCUGCCGGAUACGCCUGGAUUGGAUGCGGAGCUGCCCAAGGAGGGUUCUACGAGGAAGCAGUGGAGGAUUGCUCGCAUGCUACGAGACCGUUUCUGGAGAAGGUGGGUCAUGGAGUACCUGCCUACGCUUGUGCGCCGCGAGAAGUGGUGCCGCCGAACGGAGCCCAUACACCAGGGUGAUAUGGUCUUCGUCUGCGAUCCUGCCUUGGCCCGACGAGAGUGGCGCAAGGGCAUCGUGGAGGAGGUCUACAGCGGAGCUGAUGGAGUCGUCAGACGCGCUAAGGUGCGCGUGAACGACAACGGCCUAUCUAGGACAAUGAUGCGACCCGUCUCUAAACUUGCAGUUUUGGAUUUGAGUGAAGCGGUUCUUCACGGGGUCGGGGAUGUCGCGGAUCGAAUAUUGUUAUCGAUAGGCUAGUUAGUAUUUUUAAGAAGUCCGAAUGUGGAAGGAUUUAUAAGCCCAUAUGUGUCUGGGCACAUUGUUUUUCGCCAUUGUAAAAAGAGCCGGGAAAAUUGAGCUUGCAUUGUCGUGUAAGAGUUGGAGGACACACUGCGAAUAAAACGUGUUCUACUACCACGGAUUAGUCUGCCCUUUCUUUCGGGAACCAAUGUGUGGGGUAGCCGUUUAAGGCAACUCCAAGUGACGCACGACGACAAUACAUAGCCAAUCUAGUCAUAAGCUUAUACAUUCAUACACCCAUCCUUACUAUAUACAUACAUACAAAUAUUAUCGAGAAACGGAGCACCCCCAGAAAAUCGCUCCACCAAGAAACGAAAUUUUUCCUUCACUGGAUUUCCAGAAUUGUGAAAUUAACACCGAUCACGUAAGUGUGAAUGCGAUGAACAGAAAAGAAUCAACCGAAACUGGCAGUGAGAGGGAGACAAACAUGUUCGAGCUACAGCAACUACGCGCAGAGCUAGCAGAAGCGAAGGCAAUGCUUAACGGAACACGAUCGAGCUUGCAGUUCCAAGAACAACAACAACCAGAGCAAAGCAAGGCUACAGUUACGUUAUCCAGACGGCGCAGUUUACGCAGGCUGGCGGCACAAAAGAGAACACAACAUAUCACUCGCCGCAGCGAUCCACCGAGAGAGCGGAGAGCCAGCGUUUUCCAGUUGAUGUUCUCGCUCUCACCAAAGAGACGAUAACCGAUUACGAUGGGAAAACUUGCGCGCGUGCCUGGAUAACAGUGGUCAAAAAUAUCGCACGCACUUUCAACAUCGAUGACAACCAUUUACGCAUCUUACUCAUCACUAAACUUAAAGGAAACGCGCAAGUCUGGUUACAUGCGCACCCUGCUCGAUUGAUCGAACCAAUUGAGAAUUUGCUUGAUCAAUUGUCAUUGACUUUUGGCGAGCAACCAUCCAAGGCUGAGAUCCGUCGAAAAUUCGAGAGUCGCAAGUGGAAAACCGAGGAGAAUUUCUGCAGUUAUUACGAUGAGAAGAUGGCUCUCUCAAACGGGAUAAACAUCGACGACGACGAACUACUGGACCAGGUGAUAGAGGGCAUACCGCUGCAAAAUUUCCGUACCCAAGCACGGAUUCAAUGCUUCUCUACUCCAUCGGAGAUGCUACGCGCAUUUUUGAAUAUCCGUUUGCCAGCUCGGAGGGAGCCACCUGUACAGCCAACCGACUACAAAUUUGCCAUACGAUGCGCAAACUGUAAUUCAAGAGGUCACAAAGCUGACAUCUGCAAGAAGCCCAAACGUGAACCAGGUUCGUGUUACGCCUGUGGACAACUUGGACACCUGGUGGCACAAUGUCCCACAAGGAAGAGCGUUUCAACUAAUAAUUAUAAUGCCUCAUAGACUCUGGCAGUCCUAUAUCUAUCAUUAAAAAGUCACUUAUUAACGAGACAAUGAAGUUAGCCCUAGUUAAUACUUGCUAUUUUGGUUUAAACAACUGUAUUCUCAAAACACAUGGACAAACCACAUGUUAUGUAUUGAAAGGAUCAAUAAAAAUAUAUUUUCGUUUAA